GAGCAAUCGCCAUUAUCGACAUUAUGUGGGUGUACAAUGAAGUUCGCAACCGUUAAUCACGUGUUGAACAAUUUCAAGCCUCUGUUCAACUGAGUGAGAGUUAACUAUGCGCUUACGUUGAGUGAGAGGUUGGACUGAGCAAAACAUUGGUGUAUUCAGCUUUCUAUAACUGAAAAUCGUGGAAUGACCAGGUAUAAAAUUCUUCUUCCUUCUGAUACCAAUGGAUGGUUCGAGUCAAUAAUGUGGAACACCCAGGGUUCAGUUGGAAUGGAGGAGUUGAAGAAUAAAGUCCAUGGAAUUGUAUCUCGUCCGACUGAGAAGAUUAGAUUUUACCUUUGGAAUGGAUCUGGAUACUCCAAGCUCGGCAUAGACUCAGACCUAAUGGAGGCCACCGUUAAAUCGCACAACGUGAAGGAAGUAUCCGUUAUUCGAAUUUACGUGGUACUUAGCAAGACAGAUCCUUCAAAAAUUUAUGGCAAGCCACCGUAUGAUAAUAUGUUUGAGGGUCCAGACUUUACGCUUCAGUCUGAUCAAAAUGGUUCCCGCUGCCAAAAUAGCCAUAAACUACCGAAGACAAAAGGUUCACGGAGAGUGACUGUGGCAACUAUGCAAGAAAGUGGAGACUCCUUCAAACCGCAAUGUAUUCCUAGACCAAUUUCUUCGCAUGGCCUUUCUGCAGAAGGUAUUUGGCAAACCAACUUCCCUUCUUCAGGAAAUUCGGUCACUGCUCAGUCUGAAUUAACGACGCGAAAGUUAUCACACCAACAUACAAAAUCAUCAUACCAACCGCCUGCCUCACAACUAGAGGAAGACGAACUAGACGUAGCGGUUUCAACACUCCGAUCGAUGGGCUAUAAGCAAGACAGCGCCAUUCUGAAAUUCCACAUAAGAGAAACAGGAGGUAACUUAAAUGAUAUUAUCGACAGACUUCAUUUGCACACUAAUGGCUAGUAUAAUGCGUUAUUACUAUUCAGUAUUUGCAAGCUGCUUUUUACAAGUGUGUUCCAACUCUUAUGUACAGGUAGUCUUUCAGUCAACUGCUUGCAUUUAUAUGCCCUUUAUCUAUCACGCCGGUCCUCGUAAGUGUAUGCACAAAAGAACUUUGUCCAUUCAGAUAACAUGUUAGUGAACAGUUCUCA